CAGGAGAACUUGCUACAAUACAGCAUACACUGACCAAUGAGCUCCGGCACACCUGUAUGGCCACUCCCCUUUACAGCACAGUAACAGGCAGAGACAUUGAGUAGAGGGGAGCAUCUCAGAGAAGGGAAGUACAGUUCUGUGCAGCACUCAAAGAACUGAGCAAACUAGAAGAAAACUAUACAUUCCUGAUCCCUCGAUACUUCCAAAAGUCCCCAAUGGGGUUAAAGAGGCCCUGGUCACUUGGUGCUGUGGUGCUGCUGAUACUCAUUCAGGUACAGGGAGGACUGGCAGAAUGGACACAGUGUCGAAUGGGGUUUUCCAAGGACAGGUACAGCUUUUUCAUACAUAAGAACUUGGAGACAGACACAUCCCUGGGUAGAGUGAUCUUUAACAGCUGUGAAGGACCAGUGAGAAUUCAGUUUGCUUCUAAAGAUCCUAAUUUUGAAAUUCACAAAGAUGGCACAGUUUAUAUUAAGAAUCCGUCCAAGAUGAAAGACAAUAAAAAAACAUUCUGUGUCCUGGCUUGGGAGACUAAAGGCCAACUAUACUCUGCCAAUAUAACCUUGAAAAAGGAAGGGCAUCACCAUAAGCAGGACAUUUCUUAUGUGAAACAUUCCCACCACCCCGAAUCUGGGACUGGUUUGAAAAGACAGAAAAGAGACUGGGUCAUUCCACCGAUCAUAACGUCUGAGAAUGAAAAGGGCCCAUUUCCCAAAAGGCUUGUGCAGAUUAAAUCCAGUAAUGCAAGAGAAAUCAAUCUUAAUUACAGUAUCACAGGCCAGGGUGCUGAUACCCCUCCAGAAGGAGUGUUCACUAUUGGAUUGAAGGAUGGAUGGAUAAAUGUGACACGACCUUUGGACAGAGAAAGCAUUGAUAAUUACACUCUUCUUUCCCGUGCUGUGUCAAAUGGGACAGAUGUGGAAGUUCCCAUGAAAAUCCUAAUUAAAGUGACAGAUCAGAAUGAUAAUGACCCAGUUUUCACACAGAAGGAGUUUGAAGGCUUUGUGCCUGAAGGGUCUAAACCAGGUACGUCCGUUAUGAAAGUAUCUGCAACAGAUGCCGAUGAUCGUGUGGACAUGUACAAUGGUUUGAUUACUUAUUCUAUUCUCAACCAAGAGCCCAAAGAGCCCACUAAUCAAAUGUUCACUAUCGAUUCCCAAAAUGGACUGAUCAGCGUUGUUUCAACUGGAUUAGACAGAGAGAAAAACCCAGUGUACACACUGACAAUUCAAGCCGCAGAUGGAGAAUUUGGAAAAGAUCGCACAACAACUGCUACAGCUGUGAUCGUUGUGACAGACACUAAUGAUAAUCCUCCAGUGUUUUCCCCCAUACAAUACAAUGCUGAUGUUCCUGAAAAUGAAGUUGGCUAUGAGGUUGCACGUCUUACAGUAACAGAUGCAGAUACUGAGGGUACAGAUGCUUGGAAUGCUGUGUACAAGAUCAUUAAAGGAAACGAGGCUGGCUAUUUCAGUAUCCAAACAGACACUAACAACUUUGGGCUUUUGAAGACAGUAAAGGGUUUGGACUAUGAGUUGAAGAAGCAGUAUAUUCUCUCAGUCGUUGUGACAAACAAAGCUAACUUUUCUGUUCCACUGCAAACUUCAACUGCGACGGUCACUGUACUUGUCAUAGAUGUAAAUGAGGCCCCAGUAUUUCAACCAAAGGAGAAAGAAGUGCCUGUGUCAGAGGAUCUGCCCAGUGGCCAAGUUGUUGCUUCCUAUACUGCACAGGAUCCAGACAAGGAACAGAACCAGAAGAUAACUUACUUAAUUGGAAAUGACCCAGCAGGGUGGCUGUCUGUCAACCCAGAUAAUGGGAUUGUCACGGGAAAUGGAAAUUUGGAUCGGGAAUCAAAUUUUGUGAUGAACAACACCUACAAAGUCAUAAUCCUGGCUGUUGACAAUGGCUCUCCUACAGCUACAGGGACUGGAACCCUUGUGCUUAUUCUCAGCGAUGUUAAUGAUAAUGGCCCAUAUUUGGAGCCCCAACAAGAUAGUUUCUGCCAGAAGGAUCCAGGCUUUCGUGUAUUUACUAUCAUUGACAGAGAUCUCUCCCCUAACACAUACCCAUAUAAAUUAGAGCUGACAGGUGAAACCAAUGAAAACUGGACUGCUACAGUGGCUGAACAGAGUGUACUUGAGCUGAGACCUAAAAAGGAGCUGGAGAUUGGUCAAUACGAUGUGAUGAUCACACUGCUGGACAGCCAGAGACUAACUAAUGUGACAAAAUUACAGAUCACUAUCUGUCAGUGUGAUGGUAACAAAAUGCAGUGUGAGGAAAAGGCUGCUAUAGCGGGUAGUUUUGGUGUAUCAGCCAUAGUUGGAAUCCUUGGAGGGAUCCUAGCGCUUCUUGCAUUGUUGUUGCUGCUCUUACUGUUUGUACGUAGAAAGAAAGUGGUAAAAGAGCCUUUACUACCUCCAGAAGGCGACACUCGGGACAAUGUGUUUUUCUAUGAUGAAGAAGGUGGUGGUGAGGAAGACCAGGAUUAUGAUCUAAGCCAGCUUCACCGUGGCCUUGAUGCUCGUCCAGAUGUAAUCCGUAAUGAUGUUGCUCCAAUUUUAGCUGCCCCCCAGUAUCGACCCCGUCCUGCCAAUCCAGAUGAAAUAGGAAAUUUCAUUGAUGAGAAUUUGCAUGCAGCUGACAAUGACCCCACUGCUCCCCCAUACGACUCUCUACUUGUGUUCGAUUAUGAAGGCAGUGGCUCCGAGGCCGCAUCACUCAACUCCAUGAACUCGUCCAACUCUGAUUUAGAUCAAGAUUACAGCGCUUUGAAUGACUGGGGACCUCGUUUCACCAAACUGGCAGACAUGUAUGGAGGAAAUGAGGAUUAAAAUGUGCAAAGCAGUGCCAUUUUGAUUGUAAACAGUAAACUAAAAACCAUACCCGUGUAUGCAGACUUUGGCAUUCACUUUGUUUUUAAAGAGCUAAGACCUGCUCACAAGUUACUCCUAUUGCUUUUGUGAAAUUGUUCGGAAAUAUUUUAUCUAUAUGUAUAUAGGAAAAAAAACGUAUUUUUUUGCACUAUUUGUGUUUUAAUAUUCCUGCAGUUUGUAAUGCAAGAGGAUCUUUAUCUGCUUAUUUCUAAAUAUAAAAAGCCUGGUAUGAUUCAGUAUGAAUGAUCUUAAUGUGUUGAUACUUUCUAAAAGGUUUACAGACACAUGACCCUUGGAAGGAAAUUCCAUGAAAAAAUAGAAUGCAAUAUAUUUUUUCAGGAGGGGUUUCGAUGGUGCGAUUUGCAUUUUUUCCAUACAUAUACAUAUGAUCACACACACAGAGUACAGUCAACAUUUGGAAUUUUAAGAGCUUGCUGGUCAAACUGAAUAAAUGUAUUAUAGCUGGGGUAAAAAAAUCAGCUUAUGAGCUAAAUGGGGCACAAUUUUGAUAUCUCUGCACUUGUAUUUGACUUGGCGUGUAUACUUUUGUAAUAAAAUAUAUACCUAAAUAUACAA